AUGACAUCGCUGGUGGACGAUGAAAAGCCGAGGUAUCGCCGACGCUACAAUCCGUUGUUGGAUCCAAUGAACCCAGAAUUCUCGCAUGAGCAAGCCAUCUACAGGAAAGAUUGCAUAGGCCAGCGCGUCACCACAGACAACCGCCACGUCGUCCCGUACAACGCCUACCUGCUCAAGAAGUAUCAAUGCCACAUCAAUGUCGAAUUCGUCGGCAGCAUCGGACCGGUGAAAUACCUCUACAAGUACAUCUACAAUGGCCAUGAUUGUGCUACGAUAAAGGCCGUCGAAAACCAGCAGACGAUCAUCUAUAACGAGCCGGAGAAGUACGUGGAAGCUCGCUAUAUCUCACCAGUUGAAGCAUGUUGGCGCCUAUUCAAGGAUUUCGAGAUCCAAGCGAAAAGCCACACCGUCGUUCGACUUAACAUUCACCUACCCGGACAAGAUGGCGUUAACUUGGACCAAACGCCAGUUGACCUUGCCGAUAUUGGACAGAAGGGAUCGACCUUAAGGGCUUACUUCCGCCAUAACACCGCGCUGAAAGAAGACGAAGCGAACGGAAAGGCAGUCACCUACCACUAUUACCAUGAAAUGCCGGAGCACUACCGAUGGAUUGGCCAGACGAGCACUUGGCAGAAGAACGUGAAUGCUUGCAGCAGAAUUGGUCGCGUACAUCCAGUCAAAUUCGUUUCCCAGCCAGAACUUUUCUUCCUGCGCACGCUUUUGUUCCACGUCAAAGAACCAACGAACUUCAGAGACCUCUACAUUGCCGACGGUGUCCAGCACGCAACCAACAAGCAAGCCUGUCUAGCCAGAGGUCUCACAUACGACGACCAACA